AUUACAGAUAUCAUCAGUAAUAAUUUCUUGGGCAAAAUUGUUUGUUAAUCAAAAUUAUCGUACAAAAUGCGAAUAAAUGGAGACGAUAUACUUAGUGCCUUAAAAGGACUUCAGCAGCCUUCCAGUCCACGUGAAAUUGCAGAAUACUUGAAAGAGCAGAGUCGAACCCAUAAGUCGAUCAAAACUUUAAUUUCUGAAGUCACUGAUGCAUGUAAAGCAGGAACCAGACAUGGCUUUAUCGAAGCUUGCAACGGACUGUACUACAGUCUUAACGUGACUUUUCAGCUUCUAGAUGCGUUGGGUGAAAUAGAACAGUCAGGUAAAUUUCGUUAUGGAUCCAUGAAUAAGUCAAGCUCAUAUAUGAGUUUAAGAAAUCAUGGAAAACAUAUUCAGGAUGCCAAAGCGAAAUUAGCCGUAGGAGGUGGAAGAUUUGCACGACCAAAAAUCAAUAACAACUAUGUUAAAAAUCAUGCUUGGGUUGAAGCAACGAAAGAAAUGGUUGAACCAUCAUCCACAAUUCCAGAGACUAGUUCUAUUUCAAACAACGCAUUUAAAGCCAAACGUCGCGUGAGAGGUAAAGUCGUUAAGAAGCGCAAGCCAAAAUGUUUGCGUAAAAAUGUUCGUAAGGUUGAAAUUCAACCUAAAUUACCUAAGAAACCUAAGAAAAAGAAUCUCGAAAAAAGAAAAGGCCCUCCAAAAAACUUGCUAAAUGAAGAUAAGUCGGUGUCUAUAUCAUCACUUUUUAGUGUUUGUAAAGAAUUGAAAAACCAUGAUGCAUUCAUUAAUGAAUUCUUCGCCAGCAAAGACCAAAGGAACAAAAACAAUCAUGCUUCUGAUUAUCUUGAGUUCUGCUUUCAAAAUAAUAAUAUAUGUACAUGUAAAUCAGAUAACAGCCUUCCCAUGAAUACUUCUAAAGAACUUAUAUCUUCGCUUUCUAAUGGUUGUAAAAAAUUAAGUUUAUAUCUGGAGGCUAAUAAAUUGUUUAGCACUGAAGAUAAGAAAGUUUCGACAAGUACCUCUGAAAACGCUUCAACUGUUACGCAAAACAUAUGGCCGAUAACAGAAUAUGAUGAAAGUAUUAUGAGAGAAAUGAGGCAGCUUUACAGCCCUGUUAUGAAGAAUAAAGGUAUUCAGUGUCAACUUUUAGAUGAUAAGAACUGUCUAAACUCUACUUGGCAAAUACACAAUUCAGUAGGAAAUGGUAACUGUGGUAAACUCAAACAAAACAGUUCUAAUAAUAAAUCUGGGAUGCAUGUAGCAGUGCACAACUAUAAUCAAAAUGGGACCCAAAAUUCCAAAAUGUCUAAAAAAAAACGCAAGUCCUACAAGAAACUACCGGAAAAAUAUAUGAAAACUGAUGGAACCACCCGUAAAAAGUUAAAAAAACCGAUCUGGAGCUCUGCAAUAAUAUAAAUAAACUUAAUUUGCUGUCCCCAGUAAUCAACAGGAAGAAUAAUAUUAUUACUUUGAUGUCAAUCAGGUAAUUUUUACAAGCUUACUAGCGAUUACAUCGUCUUUACAAACCCCUUUGUUAUAAUGAAUACUUUAUAUAUUGUAAUACGGAAAGAAUUUAGACUCUGGUGCUGAGAUCGUUUUUACAAGUUUCUUCAGUACUGUGAAUAUUAUUGGACCCAGGUACUAAGAUGAUGAAAAAAUUAUUCGGAAAAAGUAAAUGAUUUCGAUACAAUAAGAGUUCACAAAUUUUUUUCCAAAAACAAAAACUGAUUGACUCUGGUAGUGAGAUUUUUCAAUUAUAUCGUUUUUACAACAGUCUUCCAUGAAAUGAAUACUAAUGGACCCCUAUGCUAAAAGCAUAAAAAAUAUAAAUACUAAUAAUUCGUGGUACCGAAGUCGUUUUUACAAGUAUCUUCCUGGUAUAAAGAAAGUGAAUGAAAAACGAAAUUGGGUUUUUUGCCAAUCACAUUUUGCAAUAAAUUUUCUGAAUAUAUAAACUAAUGGGCUCUGAAGUGACAUUUAUUAUAACUACAAUAUCUGUACAAGCUUCUUUCCUGCAAUGAUUACUAAUGGACCUUAUAUAAAAAUAUUGAAGACUUUUGUGAGCUGAAGCAGUGAAACAAGAUCAUUCCUGGUACUAAGAUAAUAGAAGAUUUAUUAGAAAGAACUAUUCGUUCAGAAAAUGAAACUUGGACAACCCUCAUGCUGAUAAGUUUAUACUUUAAUCUCUCCUAGAAGUUCCUUACAUCUGAUAAACAGUGAUAGACUUCGGUGCUGAAAUGGUAUACGAAGAAUUAAAUUAAAAUUAAAAAAAUUAAAAAUAAAACUACGACUUCGAUUUUUCUACUACUACUGACAAAUUUUAGUGUCCUAUUAUAGAAGAAUUAGGAUUGUAGCAGAAAUAAUUAUAAUUAAUUAUAACCAAAUUAUAUUUGGAUGUAUCUUCAAAUAAUGUGCAUUUAUUUUUGUAAAUUAAAUUU